GGACCCCAAACACCAAAAUGGCUGGAAUUCACUCCUGUGAAUUUGAAGUUUUUGGCAAGGUGCAAGGCGUCUACUUUCGUCGCCAUGCCGAGAUGAAGGCCAAGAAUCUGGGGUUGCGUGGCUGGUGCAUGAAUACUGCAGAAGGUACUGUCAAGGGUUACAUUGAGGGUCCACGCACCGAGAUGCGCCUGAUGAGGGAGUGGCUCAAAAACACUGGCAGUCCCGCCUCUAAUAUUGCCAAGGCUGAGUUUACACAUAUUGUUGAGAAAAGGGAUUAUGGUUUUAAGAACUUUCAUAUCAGACCCGAUGAACCCAAAGAUCAUUCAAAUAAAUUGUCUCAGAGAUCAAAGACAUUGAAAAUAAACGGAGUUCCAAACUAA